CUACGUCAUUUCCUGUGUUUUGUAGCUUCUUGCUAGUAGCUCGUCAAAGUAUUUCAGUAACUUCGGGCUCUUUGAAGCUUUAAACUCCUGAUGGCUGCAACUUUUCGUUGUCUUUCCUCCAUAUCAAGGCAAGGGUCCAAACUUUGAGUAUUCCACUGAAACCCAUGAAGAACUGCUCUACAACAAAGAGAAGCUCCUGAACAAUGGAGACAAGUGGGAGUCUGAGAUCGCUGCCAACAUACAAGCUGAUUACCUCUAUCGAUAAACUCUGACAUCCCCGCCUCAGGCUCACCUGGUCCUGGUUCAGACCUCCAACACAGAUUCUGUACAUAGCAUGACAGACUCCGUGCUCCAGGGCCAGCUGUACGUGGUUGAUAAAACCCAUUGAUUGAAAAACACUUUAAUAAACAUAUUUUACUCUUCAGGUUUAGCAUAAAAUGUUUUUUUGCCCAACAUUUUUCUGACAUUAUUCAAGUUAUACAUUUGUUGUAAUAGUAAAGAAGAAACCCAACCCCAGUCCAGGUUGUAGAGCAUCGAAUGUGUCCACAGCUUUGUGUUAACUUGUCCAGAGAGAUCCUUCUCGUCGUGUACAGACGUGUUUAAUGUGCCCAACGCAUGUAACAGUAACAUUUGAUCAAUACAAACAUUUAAGGAC